UGGUGCGCGAGCUGCACCGAAAUUGCAACUUUGGAACAGACUUCAAAGUGCUACGUGCGCGCGAGCGAAAGAAUUUUUCUCCGUCUGUUCUGCUCCGUUCUCGUUCGGCUUCGUUCCUGUCAGUUCCUGUCUGUGUUACCCGAUAGAGAAAAAGGAGUAAAUAUUUCCUUAUUGAGCACUGAUGGCUGUCAAAGGAUUAAUUUCGGCGAUUGUUCAGUUUUUGACUGAUCAAUUGCAAGAUGGGGACAUAACUGCUGACUCCCGUGAGAGUUUAGAAGUGGCAAUCCAAUGUCUGGAAAGUGCUUACAAUGUGCAAGCUUCUGAUGCUCCGGCAAAUUUUAAUCUAUAUCAGGUUUAUAAGAAUACUGUGGAGAACGCAGCGUCUAAUUUAGGCCCAGAAGCUACAGCAGAAUCAAAGGCUGAGGCAGAAAGAUUGAAAAAUGAAGGCAAUGCGCUUAUGAAACAAGAAAAGCAUCACGAAGCGCUUGCCAAUUAUACAAAAGCAAUACAAUUGGAUGGUCGCAAUGCGGUAUAUUAUUGCAAUAGAGCCGCUGUUCACAGCAAACUUGGUAAUCAUGCCCUAGCCAUUAAAGAUUGUCACACAGCACUCUCUAUCGAUCCUUCGUAUAGCAAGGCAUAUGGUCGGUUAGGCUUAGCAUAUUCUAGUUUGGAGAGGCAUAAAGAAGCUAAGGAAAGUUACGAGAAGGCUUUAGCAAUGGAACCAGAUAAUGAGAGUUAUCGAAAUAAUUUACAAUUAGCGGAAGAGAAAUUGGCUCAGUUAGGUGUCAAUCAGAAUCUGCCUAAUAUGCCUGGUGGUAUGGAUCUGAGUGCUCUUCUAAGCAAUCCUGCUCUAAUGAACAUGGCACGUCAGAUGUUAUCUGACCCAACUAUGCAGAAUAUGAUGUGCAAUCUCAUGUCUGGCAAUGUGGAGGAAGGUGGUCGUAUGGAAGUACUCAUAGAAGCAGGUCAACAAUUGGCACAACAAAUGCAGAAUGCAAACCCCGAGUUAAUCGAAUCGCUAAGACGACAAAUGGGCGGCAAUCCAAACGAUCCAGAACCACCGCAGCAAAAUUAAAAUAUAUGACUGAUUAUAUCAUAGGAUUUGAACACUUUAUGUGAAUAUCAUUUUCUUUCUCACUCGUUACAUGACAGUGCGUCGUAUCGUUUUUUAAAAUAUCGCGAGGUGAGACUUAUGGCUUCAAUGACAAUUAUUCUGUCAUCAUGUUUAAAGCAAAGGUAACACGAAAUACCAUAGAAAUCUUUUCAUAGAUUAGUUAUCAAUUACGGGAAUGCAAAAUCAUGUUUCUGGGCUUUUCCUCUUCUAUCUCUCUUUUUCCUCUCUUCUCUUUUCUUUCUCCUUCUUCCCCCCAUAUACAAUUUUUUAUGCAAGAAUUAAUACAAUGCGACAAAAUGUUUUUUAAAUGCUGCAAUAAUUUAAAUAAUUGUAAACAACAUCCAAUUUACUCAGAACUAUAUUACUCAGAAUAUUGUUUCUCAGUUUGUGUUUGAAUGCUGAAUGCACAUACAAAUUUAUAUAAUGCAAUUUUUUAUCACAUGUCCCAAUUAAGUGAUUGAAAAUGAUUAAUGCAAAUAUAUGUAUAUUUUAUUGAUAUAUUUUUGAAUUUUCUCUACAUGCAUAUUAUAUGUAAUAUAGAGAAUUGUCAAUAUUUUAUAAACAUGCGAUCAUUAUAUAUAUAUAUAUAAAUUGUUCGUUAAAAUCUUUAACCUUCGACCUCAGACAAGAGCUUAUGUUCACAGUCUUGAGUAUUUCGAACAUGCUGGUUUCUCAAUACAUUGCAUAUUGAAAAUAAAGCAAUGUGUCAAUUAUAAAAAAUAAAUUGUAAUAAAAAUUGCAUGAUAAAGAGCAUUUGAAGAUA